AGCAGCAGCAGCAGCAGAGGCUACCCAUCCUCCGCAGCGCAGCGCCUCACCUUUCUCCCUACAGCUCUGCCGUCUCCAUCCCUCAGACAUGGACGUGGAGGUGCUGAUGCGCGCGCCUGCGCUCUAGCUGCGCUCCGACCCGCAGCUCGUCCCGCCGCCGUCCAAAACGAGGGGACCGCUAUUAUUUUUCUCUCCUGCUGCUGACACAUCCCGGAGAGAGAGGGGAGGUGGCGGGGGGACACUAGAGAGCCAGCCGCACAGGAGACCACACUGUCGGUCGUGACGGCAAAAAAGGCCGUCUCGGGAUUUCUGGCAGCUGAGAGGGGCUUUUUGUUUCCUUCAUCAUGGCGAGUGACUCCCCAGCUCGGAGUCUGGACGAAAUCGACCUUUCGGCUCUGAGGGAUCCAGCUGGCAUCUUCGAGCUGGUUGAGCUGGUGGGAAAUGGCACCUACGGGCAGGUUUACAAGGGCCGGCACGUUAAGACGGGGCAGCUGGCAGCCAUCAAGGUCAUGGAUGUCACCGGGGACGAGGAAGAGGAGAUUAAAGCCGAAAUUAACAUGCUGAAGAAGUACAGUCACCACCGGAACAUCGCCACUUACUAUGGAGCUUUCAUCAAGAAAAACCCUCCUGGCAUAGACGACCAGCUUUGGCUGGUCAUGGAGUUUUGUGGAGCUGGCUCGGUGACAGACCUGAUCAAGAACACCAAGGGCAACUCUCUGAAAGAGGAGUGGACAGCGUACAUCUGCAGAGAGAUUCUCAGGGGUCUGACUCAUCUCCAUCAGCACAAGGUCAUCCACAGAGACAUCAAGGGACAGAAUGUCCUGCUGACUGAGAACGCUGAGGUCAAACUAGUUGACUUUGGCGUUUCGGCCCAGUUGGACAGAACUGUCGGAAGGAGGAACACGUUUAUCGGGACGCCAUACUGGAUGGCGCCAGAGGUUAUCGCCUGUGACGAAAACCCAGAUGCCACUUAUGAUUUCAAGAGCGAUUUGUGGUCACUGGGAAUCACAGCAAUAGAGAUGGCUGAAGGAGCGCCGCCACUGUGUGACAUGCAUCCAAUGAGAGCCCUUUUCCUCAUCCCACGCAACCCUGCCCCCAGACUCAAGUCAAAGAAGUGGUCAAAGAAGUUCCAGUCGUUCAUCGAGAGCUGCCUGGUGAAGAGCCACAGCCAGAGACCCAGCACGGAGCAGCUCCUCAAACACCCGUUCAUCAGAGAACUGCCCAACGAGAGGCAGAUCCGCAUCCAGCUGAAAGACCACAUCGACCGCACCAAGAAGAAGCGAGGGGAGAGGGAUGAGACAGAAUAUGAGUACAGUGGCAGUGAAGAGGAGGAUGAAGGAAGAGAUAUGGGUGAACCAAGCUCCAUCAUCAACAUCCCUGGGGAAUCAACCCUGAGGAGAGACUUCCUGCGGCUCCAGCUGGCCAAUAAGGAGCGUUCAGAGGCACAGCGGCGGCAACAGCUGGAGCAGCAGCAGAAUGAGGAGCACAAGCGCUUACUUUUGGCUGAGAGACAGAAGCGCAUCGAGGAGCAGAAGGAGCAGAGGAGGCGGCUGGAAGAGCAGCAGCAACGAGAGCGCGAGCUCAGGAAGCAGCAUGAGAGGGAGCAAAGGAGGCGUUACGAGGAAAUGGAGCAUCUCCGCAGAGAGGAAGAGAGGAGGCAUGCCGAGAGAGAACAGGAGUAUAUCCGUAGACAGCUGGAAGAGGAACAGAGGCAGUUAGAGAUCCUUCAGCAGCAGCUACUGCAGGAACAGGCAUUAUUACUGGAGUACAAGCGCAAGCAGAUUGAAGAACAACGGCAGGCAGAGCGCCUACAGAGGCAGCUCCAACAGGAGAGAGCCUACCUGGUGUCCCUACAACAGCAGCAGCAGGAGGGAAGGCAAGCAGAGAAGAAACCGCUCUACCACUACAAAGAUGCAGUUAACCCUAAUGACAAGCCGGCCUGGGCUAAAGAGGUCCAGAAGCAGCAGCAUGCUCAUGGUAACCUACCUUCCUCCAAACUUCGACAUCACCAGUCAUUCAACCAGCCAACUCCAACCUCCAACGCUCCCGGCCAACUCAGACUUCAGGCCCCCAAGAGAACCCAAUCCCAUCCUCCUCAACCCAUCCCCCAUAACCUCCCCGAAAUACGUAUUUCAUUAGAACCCGGGGAAGCCCUGGAUCUGAGGCUGAAGCAAGAGAUAAGUCAGCAGGUCAGAGAGAUAAGGAAGCAAAACCAGAGGGGACGUAGCCCAGGGCCUGUUCAGGAGAACAAGGCGGCUGGCCAAGGGGCCGUCCAGGGACCUCAAAAGAACCAUCAGGAGUGUUCUCGUCAAGGGCCAGUCAGUCAGUCUAAUGCAGUUCUUAAGCAUUUUCCACCUGGGCCAAGUAAUCAAAAAGAGAGGCCCAGAGUCCUGUCAGUACCCUCUCAUUCUCCCGCUUCAGGACAGGUCCAGAUCCCCCAGUCUGGACUAGUCCCCAUUUCCAAACCGGUGGAGGAGCGAUCUAAGCUGAACAGGCAGAGCUCCCCAGCGCUCCAGCACAAAGUGUCGAACCGCAUCUCCGACCCCUCCCUCCCUCCCCGCUCCGAGUCCUUCAGCAGCGGAGGCAUGCAGCCUGCCCGCACCCCACCCAUCCACCGCUCCAUCGAACCUCAGAUGGCUCACCUGAUCCCUGUGAAGACCCACUCUGGCUCCAUGUCCGGCUCUCAGUCUCUGCAGGACCAGACAGGAUCGACUUUGAGCGAGGGCAUCAGCGGUGCCUCAUCGAGGCCCGAGAUGCCCCGUCAGAAUUCAGACCCCACCUCUGACACCCCGGGACCCCCGCAGCGCAUCACCGCCAGGGAGGAACGGGAUCGGGACCGGGACAAGGAUCGGGACAGAACCGCUUGGCUGAGGGAAGAGGACAUGCCCCCCAAGGUUCCCCAGAGGACCACUUCCAUCUCUCCAGCUCUGGUCAGGAAGAACUCCCCGAACGGUGGUGUAGGUCUGGGCCCCCGUACCGGUUCUCAGCUCAUACGGGCCAGUAACCCAGACCUGCGGCGCUCUGAGCUCUCUCUGGACGCCAUGCUGCAGAGAACCUCCUCCAACUCGUCGUCCUCCUCCUCCCCGUCGUCUCAGGGAGGAUCAGCCGAGAGGAGAGGUUUAAAAAAGGACAAACUUGGCCAAAUCAAGCAGGAAGGAUCCCCUCCAGGAGCCAAUCAGGAGGCUAAGCCCAAACAGGAAGAGGGUCGUGAAUCUGCCAGACCCAGCAGACCUGCAAGCUAUAAGAAAGCCAUAGAUGAGGACUUAAGUGCACUGGCAAAGGAGCUCAGAGAACUGAGGGUAGAGGAAGGAAGCAGGCCUCCCGUCAAGGUUACGGAUUACUCAUCCUCCAGUGAAGAUUCGGAGAGCAGUGAUGAUGAUGGGGAGACCGUGGGGCAUGAUGGGACCGUUGCCGUUAGCGACAUCCCCCGCAUCAUGCCAUCAGUGCAGAGCGGCGUUGAGACGUAUGGAGGACUGUCAGAGGAUGCUCUGGGGGAUGCCUAUAAUAGCUCCAAGGACAGCACUCUGGUGAUGAGAGAGGCUGAGGAAAGGAGGAGAGGUGGCCACUCUGAAAGUAAUGGGUUUGGGAAUCACGGUAACCAUGGUAACCUCCCCGACCUGGUCCAGCAGAGCAACUCUCCCUCGGCCACACCCACCUCUGCCCUGCAGGAGCUGAGCGAUAUGGCUGAGUUCGGCAUGGGUGGGUCCAAAGCCUCGUUUACCCCAUUUGUUGACCCACGGGUCUAUCAAACCUCUCCGAGUGACAACGACGAUGAGAACUCUGCAGCAGCCAUGUUUGCCAAUGAACUGAUGAGGCAGGAGCAGGCACGACUUAAUGAAGCCAGAAAGAUCUCAGUGGUGAACGUCAACCCUACAAACAUCAGGCCCCACAGUGACACCCCUGAGAUCCGCAAAUACAAGAAGCGCUUCAACUCUGAGAUCCUGUGUGCUGCGCUCUGGGGUGUGAAUCUCCUGGUGGGGACAGAAAAUGGUUUAAUGCUGCUUGACCGAAGUGGGCAGGGAAAGGUUUAUAACCUGAUUACCAGACGACGCUUCCUGCAGAUGGAUGUGCUUGAAGGCCUUAAUGUGCUAGUCACCAUAUCUGGGAAAAAGAAUAAGUUGCGUGUCUAUUAUUUGUCAUGGCUGAGGAACAGAAUAUUACACAAUGACCCCGAAGUUGAGAAAAAGCAGGGUUGGAUUACUGUUGGAGAGCUAGAGGGCUGUGUGCAUUAUAAAGUUGUCAAAUAUGAGAGGAUUAAGUUCCUGGUGAUUGCACUUAAGAACUCUGUGGAAAUCUAUGCGUGGGCGCCCAAACCUUACCAUAAGUUCAUGGCCUUUAAGUCAUUCACAGACUUGCAGCACCGCCCCCAGCUGGUUGACCUGACGGUGGAGGAAGGUCAAAGAUUAAAAGUCAUCUACGGCUCCAGUGUGGGCUUCCAUGUCAUCGAUGUGGACUCAGGCAAUCCUUACGACAUUUAUAUCCCCUCACAUUGCGCCAGUCAGAUGAAGAUCCAGAGCCAGGUCACGCCUCACGCUAUCGUGGUGCUGCCUAAGACGGAUGGGAUGGAGAUGCUGCUGUGUUAUGAGGAUGAGGGCGUCUAUGUCAACACAUACGGUCGAAUCACCAAGGACGUGGUGCUGCAGUGGGGAGAAAUGCCUACCUCUGUUGCCUAUAUCCAUUCUAAUCAGAUUAUGGGUUGGGGUGAGAAAGCCAUAGAAAUUCGUUCUGUGGAGACGGGUCAUCUGGAUGGAGUCUUCAUGCACAAGAGAGCCCAGAGACUCAAAUUCCUUUGUGAGCGGAACGACAAGGUGUUCUUUGCAUCCGUGCGUUCGGGAGGGAGCAGCCAGGUUUUCUUCAUGACACUCAACAGAAACUCUAUGAUGAACUGGUGAUGUGUCCACUUGUCCACUCCGCCUCAUCUUCCCCACUGGCCAGCCAGGAAUCCCACCAUCGGAUCGCUGCACAUCUCACAAAGGAACCUGUUUGACCGAGAGGCCACAAGUGAACUUUUAACACUGGAGAGACUAAUACGAAGUAAAAAACAAAAAAAAGUCACAAAGAGACAAGUUGUCUUUGAUAAAGUGGGGUCCUGCAGAAGCCAUUGUUGCUCUACUGACUGGCAAACUGGUGCCACUGACUUUCCAAAUGUUCAUCUCGUCACUCUUUCUUCAAAAUCUUUCUCCUUCUAUGACACCUUUCUUUUGUCUUUUGUUUCUUUUCUCUCCAAGCGAAGCAGUGCAUCCAAGUUUGCGUCUGUAGAAUUAGCUUACGCCAGCUACAUCUACUCCUUCCUGUUGGAUGUGUUCAUCAGUUCUCCCUCAGUUCCCAUCCUCCAAGUGCGAGCUCAUUUCCUGGGAGCUGCACCUCAGAGGAUGGAGGAGCAACGUAAGAAUAGUUUCAUCUAAAUUUAAAUGUACUUCUGAGUGACAGCGCUGGAGAUGACAAAUCUAGUCUCAACAUGGACAAUGAAAGCAGACGGCCUGAUUGAUUUUCAUCCUGUCACAUCCCCCCACCUCUGCAUCCUCAAUCUUUUUGUGCUCCGACUAAACUUAAUAGUGAGAGACGCUCCCUGCUGUCAAGUUGUAACAAUAUGCAAGUAUGACGUCUUUGUCCCUUUAAAUGAAAUCACUGUUCCUCCUCUUCUUUUCCUCCUCCUGAACAACCCCCUCCCCCCGACCAGCAUCAUCUCCCUUUCACUCUUACUUCUUUCAACUCUGACGGUGCUGCAUCAGUUUUACUGUAAUAUCAAAUGAACAAUAAGAGUGUCAUUCUCUUCAUGGUGUUCAUUUAUUUUUUCCCUGUGGAGCAGUUUGGAGUCAGUCAGUCUUUGACAUUUGAUAAACUGUACAGCACAUCUGUGUCUCUGAAAUCAGGAGUGCACAUCCUCGUGUAUGUAUGUGUGCGUGUGUGUGUGAACGUGUGGCUACUUUUGUGGAUGAGUGUGUACGCUUGACUUCACAUUGAAAUGGAUCCCAUUCGAAAAAAGUCUGAAUCAAAGCAGGACAUCCGGAUCAAAGUCCUGUGCCAGUAACUCAUUAUUUGUGCGUGAACUUUUACCCGAGACGAUCAAAGCAACAUGGAGUUUGUUUACAGUCAGUUAUUAAUUUGUUUUUCAUCGUAAGAAGUUUGUUAGUUGGUGCAUUUUUAAAGCCACUCUAUGUAUCAAUGCCACCUUUGAUCACACAGGGAAAUACAGAGCUUCUGUGUUGACGCUGGCCAUACUGUGCUAAUGAGUGGGAACGGUCCGGCACUUCUUUACUGCUUUGCUACACCAGAGGUGCACUUUGUCGUGUCUUACACCAGGAGCUGACCGUUCACUGUAUGAAAAGAACAAGACAAACCCUCUGUGAUGUCACUCACAAGGUUUUCUGAAAAAGUGAUCUGAAGCCAUUUUUUGGGACAGCUGGGUAGUGCCAUAUUUGUAGGAGCUGACUCCGCCCAACCCCAGUUAAUCCAAAAAUGAGCAAAUGGGUAGAAUGAGCAAGUCCGGAGGCCGCCUGGAACACGCCAACCAUCAAUCAGUCAUCGCAAGUUAGCUAUUUUAGCUUGACGUAGCUUGUGUUAAGCUGUGAUGCUAGCUAAACUUACUUUACAUUCAUUCAUCCCUACAUCUGAUGUCACGACUGAAGUGACACCUGAAAUGGGUACUGCUGGAGCUGAAACAAAGAUAGGCACAGCUAGAAACCAUCAAGGCUUCAUCGUAGCUGGGUCCCGGCAAAAUUAAUCAUUCCAAAAGGGUAAGCAGACCAGUCUUGCGGGUGGUUCAGCUGAAGGAGCUUGGUUCCAGCUGUGAGGAAUCCCCCAGGGACUGCAAUGAUUGCUGAAUCAAUGCAGUCAUAAUGAUUGAUUAGCUGAAUCUUCGUCCUCACAUCUGUCCAACCAGCUGUCAGACACGGCAGCAUCACAUUAUCACAUUAUCAUUGAAAUAAGAAUGACUAUGCAGUGCUAGGUCUUUAGCCACAGCUCAGGUGUCAAGACAGUGCUAAGUAAGAAAAAGGGAUGGCAGCUAAGCAUUUACCGUAGCGAGCCGUCAGUGGGUGAAGAAACUGCAGUUUUUCUUUACUUCCUAUAUUGAGUCAGACUCGCAAGUGGGAUGUUGCCCCUUUGUGGGGAUGGUCGAUCACAUCUUGUUACGGCAGUAUGUCCCACUACGGUGUUUUUUGGGCUGGGUGUUGACUAUUUUCUUUUUGUGAGACGGUGACCCCGUGUGGUCAAACUUGGUAUUGCUUCAUGGAUUGGCUAAAAUGAUUCAGUUUCCCUUAUGUGAAGGCAACAGCGUUUUUGCUGUUCGCGGCUGCAGCCAACACAUCGCUGUUGGAAAUAUGAAGACGCGUGUGAACAGCUUAUCCUGAACGAGACCUCAACAGGGUGCAAGCUAUUAUCCCAAAUACAGCGUGUAUGUGGAAGCACUCGUUGACAACUGCAGCGUCAUGCUCCACUCUGGUUAGCGUCUCUGGUUUUGGCUCUUAACUGUACAGUGCCUAGCAUGAUGUAAGAAAAACUUAAAUGGAAGCCAAAACAUCAUUGUUCACAUUAUAACAAAAGUUGUAGUUUUUUUUUUUAAUAUACUACUAUGGUUUCUGCACAGUGUGUUUUGGGGUUUGUGUGUUAUUAUCAAACUUUAACACAUUGCUGAUGUUAAUAUGUUAUUUCCCUCGUCUAACGGAGAUACACAUUAACACAUUUAAAACGUAAUCUGUUCUUUGAAAGGAGCAACUGGAUUUGGUGUGAUAGAUCAUUGCGAUUUUACUUUCAUAUAAAUCAUACAGACCAUCAGUAUCUGUUUGUUUUUUUUUUAAAUCAAGAUCAAUGAUUAAAUAUUGACUUGCAGAUUUGUGUUCUCAUUCCAAGUUACUCCAAAAGAAGCUCAGUUGCAAAGUUUCAAGCCUUUGGAUAUAGUUUAUCUUGAAGGAAAGUCGUGUGGAACGUAACGAUUAAAUGAAAAUAUCCAAUCAGAGUAAACGUGGUUAUCUUAGAGACUGCCUGCAGAUAUGAACAUGUUGUGUUGCCGCGUUUGAUCUUUGGCAAUAGUUUGGACCUGUGAAAUAAUGUAGAUGAUUGUUUGUUUUUCUCAUUGGUGAUAAAUUGAGCCACAAUGCAACAUAUUUUCAUGAGGAUGUUGUUUUUUUUUGUUUUUUUUUUACACCUCUGCCUGACGGUUUCAAAAAAAAGCUCUAAGCUUGAAAAACCUCUGCCACUCCUCUGUUCUUUCUUAGUGUAACUUUCUCCGACACAUCGCUAUAUGGGGCUCUUUGUUCAAAUGGAAAGUGAUCAUACAAUGAGUCCAAAAUCGUUUUUCCAGUUCUUUUCAGAUGAUUAUUUUAAUUAUUAAAUGUUUUCUGUUGUAUUUCCCAAGAACUCCAUGCAGUAGCUUCUUCCUGUGCAGCCGUAGGUUCGUUACACUGAUCUGAACAGGUUAGCCUUUUAGCAAUAAAAAGCUGAAACCGCUGUCUUCCCUGGGUGUUCACGUGUGUCUGUUUGUCUUUUUUCUGAAUGGGGCAUUAUUAAUUUUUCUGACUGUGGUCGUACACUGAGGUUUCUCCUUUCAAAGAUGAAACCACUGUCUCCUUUAUUCUGUUCAAUUAGUGUUUUCUUUAUUUUGAAAGAACAUUACUAAUGUCCUGUUUUGGGAUUUAAUUGUUUUGUAAAAGAGAUGCUGUAAAAGAGAAAUAAAUAAAACUAGCAUUA